AUGUCCUCCAUCUUAGCUAAAUCUACUCUCUUCGCCGCCAUCGGUCGUUCUACUGCUUCCAAGGCCAUCUAUGUCCCCGCCUCCUCUCUUCACCUCUCUUCUGUCAUCUACCGUGAAACCGUCGUCGAUAAAGCAAAGAAUGUCGCCGAUAAUGUCAAUAAGAAGGUCGGUGAGACAUUAGGCGACGCUAUUGAGGGCGCUGAAAAUGUCACCAAUGCUGCUUCCAACAAAACUGAGGAACUCAAGAGACAAGCUACCAGCAAGUCUGAGGAUUUAAAGAACUCUGCUUCUACUGUGAACAAGGAAGUUGGAAAGAAGCUUGGUCAAGGUGUCGAAGUUGCUGAGAAUGCUGCCAAUGCCGCUUCCAACAAAACUGAAGAGCUCAAGAGACAAGCCUCCAACAAGUCUGAAGAAUUAAAGAGCUCUGCUUCCAGCGUCAACAAGGAAUUGGGUAAGAAGGCUAGUCAAGGUGUUGAAGCUGCCGAGAACAUGUCCAACGCUGCCUCUGAUAAGACUGAACAAUUAAAGAGAAAAGCAUCUCAAACUGCCGAAAACUUGAAGGAAAAGGCUCCUACUGAGAAGAGCAUCUUGGAUACUGUGAAGGAAGGUGUUGCUGCUGCCGGUAGUGUGAUUGAUAAGGCUGCUGAUGCUGUCGGUCUUGGUGCCAAAAAGACUGAACACAGACUCAAUGAAGCCAAGGACGAGGCCAAGGUUGGAGCAAAGAAGGCCGCAAACUAUGCUGAUGAGGCCAAGGAUAAGGCUGCCAAUGAAGUCAACAAGAAGUUGAACUAA